UUAUCACGAGCACAUGCAACAUGCUGUUGUCAUUGUACUUUUGAUAGGUAAAUUGGUAGUUAUUAGUUAUUACUUAACACUUAUUGGUUCGUGAGUAAAUAAAAUGUCUUGUAAGUUAUGACUUGAAUUUCAAGUCAAAGUCUUAAGAUUAAGGAAGACUGACUGUCAUAUUUUGGAAUAUCUUGUUCUUUCAAUUCUGAUAUUUUUGUACUGAAAUCAAAAUGUUUCGUAAAUUAAAUAAAAAAUAAAAAGUAGUUUCGUGUUCUGAAGAUACCAACGCAGUUAUUAUGUCUUAUUCUACUUUAAAAAAAGCUCUACAGUUAUUCGAGGAACAACCACUUAUAAAUCAAAAAACUACACAAAAAAAAUCUGCCAACAAAUCUUCCAGUCGCUUAAAUAAAUCUAAAAGUAAAUCACAGCGUGCCAAAAGUGUAUUUAAAGUACCAAAUUUUAUGAAAUCUGAUGCUGGAAAAUCUGUUCUCAAAAUAAAAGAACAAAUAAAAAAUGAAAAGGAAUUGAAUUUGGUGCAGUUAAAUUUAGAACGGUUACAUAAAUUAGAUAGGACUAGUUGUGUAAAUAACAUUGCAUCUAACUUGAUCAAGCAACGUUUAGUCAAUUUGUCAUCUGAAAUACCAAAUUCUAAAAAAGAAGAAAGUACUGUAUUUACCGAUGAAGAUUUUGAGAAAUUUGAGCGUGAAUAUUUUCAAGAUUAAUGGAUGAUUUUAUACUAGGAAAA